GGGUUCUGCGAGUGAUUGCCCGUAUGCCGGGUCUAAACUCGAAAUGGGGUCUUGAUGACUGGGCUUUGAGUCUCUCGAUGGUAACACAUAGCUGUUCUUCAUGAGAAACAAGACUAAUGCAUUGUAGCUCUUCAUUAUCCCGCUGACAAUUUGCGCAUAUGCUCUCAACCAGAUUGGUAUGGGAAAAGACAUGUGGUUCGUGUCUUUUGGUCAUAUCACAAAGAUUUUAGAGAUCUUCUACUUUACCGAACUGCUCUAUCUGGCAGCUAUCGGUCUGACAAAGGUUUCGAUCUUGCUAUUCUACCUUCGCAUCUUCCCAGACUGGAAGCUCCGACGCGCCAUCUAUGCCAUGAUUGGACUUUGUGUGGCCUAUAUCGUCGUAUUCGUCACCGUCACUGCCUUACAGUGUAUUCCUGUCAGUAUGGCUUGGGAGAAAUGGGAUGGUGAGCAUAAGGGAAAAUGCUUGAACCUGAAUGCCGAUGGUUGGGCGUCUGCAUCUCUCAACAUCAUUCUCGAUUUGGUUGUCAUCGUCUUACCCAUGAAGCAACUUACAGUGCUCAAUAUGGACUGGCAACGCAAGUUGGGUGUCAUUGUCAUGUUCCUCGGUGGUGGCUUCGUCACCAUUGUCAGUAUCCUACGCCUCAAGUAUCUCAUUCAAUUCGCCCACACGGACAAUGUAACCUGGGACUACCUACCCGUAGGAUACUGGUCAGCAGUAGAGACUCACGUCGGCGUAAUGGUCGCCUGCGCCCCAGCAAUCCGCUCCCUCCAACGCCAAAUCCGCGAUAAAAUCUGGCCCAAGCCCGCAUCCAACCCAAGUUACUACACCAGCGACACAAAAGCCAGCAGCAGCAAACAAAAGAGCAAAAACGACUCUGCAAGCCGCACCUGGGGCUCCAAAGUGGAUAGAUCUCGAAUGAGCACUUUGAGCAGUCGCAAAGACGAUUUUGUUCAGAUUGACGAGUAUGAGAUGAAUGUUGGGAGCAACUUUGACAAGGAUGAUAGGACGAUUGGGGAGGAGUCGUCGGAGGGGUCUAUUAAUCGGUCGUAUACGCCGCAUGAUGAUGUUGCUCCUUUAGCUGCUACGGCGGCACCGAUUGGACUUGGUGUGAAUGGCAUUAUGGUACACACAGACUGGAGUGUUGGAAGAGAGAGCAGAGACACGAGGCGACCCAGCAAAGGUCUGUAACACACCUAAGAGUUUUAUUUGUUGUUACAUCCAUAUAGUAAUUG